AGUGACCACUUGUACAAAUGCAAAUGAGGCUGGAGUCACCUGUUCUGGUAGGAACAAUGACUAAAAUUGGAACCAAAAGCUUUAAAAAAUAAAAAUUAAAAGAUAAAUAAAAAUUCUGCACUCAGAUUGCUUAUAUUGUGGCAUACACAGUAUAUAUCUUACAUUUAGUUCUCGGCUGAAAAUGAUCUGACAUGUUUUUAACAGGUUUUUAGAAAUGUUGAAAUGCAAAAUGCAAAAAUAAAUACAUAAAUAAUGAAAAAAAAAAAAGAUUUUGAGGAAUUCACUGUGCAAUCUGAUGAUGUAUGUCCUUCUCUCUCUCUUCAUCAGAGGUUAGGCUGGUAGAUGGAGAUGACUAUUGCUCCGGGAGGGUGGAGGUCCUCUAUGAUGGUAUGGGGUGGGGUACGCUUUGUGAUAAAGACUGGAAUCGGUUGGGUGGAGACUUGAUCUGCAAACAGGUUAAUUGUGGGACUGCACUAAGUGUCAAGGGUGGAGCUUAUUUUAAGAAGGGUUCAGGUGAGAUAUGGCUGUAUAAUCCCAAAUGUAUUGGGACUGAAGUCGGUCUGAAAGACUGUAUAUCAGCAAGAAACAAAAAUCUCUGCUCCCACAAUGAUGAUGCAGGAGUUAUCUGCAGAAAGACAAAACUGGUGAAUCCCACAUCCUCGAACAUGUGUUUUGGUACAGUGCAAAUUCGUGAUAGUGAAGACUGGGGAACAAUUUGUGACACCUACUGGAACAAUCUGGAUGGCAUUGUGAUGUGUCGAGAGCUUGGCUGUGGUCCACUAAAAGAAGCAUAUGCUGGAUCUUACUUUGGGAGCAGUUCAGGUAUAAUAAUGAAGGAUGGUGUACAGUGUACUGGGAGUGAGUCUUCAGUGAUGGAGUGUAUCUCUUCUGGAAUAAGCAGUACCUGUACACAUUUGAGGGAUGCAGGAGUUAUCUGUGGAGGCAAGUGAAAUCAUUGUCAAAAUAGGAAGAAGGUUUUGAAAUAAACAAAUGUGUAUGUGUGUGUGGGGAGGGGGGUCUGGGUAGCUCAGCAAAUAAAGACGCUGACUACCACACCUGGAGUCGCAAUUUCGAAUCCAGGGCGUGCUGGGUUACUCCAGUCAAUUGGCCUGGUUGCUAGGGUGGGUAGAGUCACGUUGGGUUAACCUCCUCGUGGUCGCUAUCGUGUGGUUCUCUCUCUCUCGGUGGGUCAUGUGGUGAGUUGUGCGUGGAUGCCACGGAGAAUAGCGUGAGCCUACACACACACGCUAGGUCUCAACAAGCCAUGUGAUAAGAUGCGCGGAUUGACGGUCUCAGAUGCGGAGGCAACUGAGAUUCGUCCUCCGCCACCCGGAUUGAGGCGAGUCACUACGCCACCAUGAGGACUUAGAGCGCAUUGGGAACUGGGCAUUCCCACUACAUGGAAUAUUUGUACUUUUAAAAAUUAUUUUGUCACUGCAGGACAAUUUACAAUGAACUAGGCAAAAAGGUGAUUAAAAAACUAGUGACAACACCUAAAAUACACACUAUUCCUUAGGCAUUCACAUAAAUUUAACCUAAAACAUUUAUGUUGAUAAAAACAAAAAACUCCACGGACAUGUUAUACGUCAAGUUAUGUUUCACAAAUUUAAAAUCAAUAAUUUACAUUUUUAUUUCAUAUUCAUAUUGACAUUCAUAUUCUAAAAAUCCUAUAGAAGUCAUGAUCUAUAACGUGUUGUCUAAGACAUCACCUACUCUAUCUCUUAGAAGUGAGACUGGUAGAUGGAAACACCAGCUGUUCUGGAAGAGUGGAGGUUCUGUAUAACAAUCAGUGGGGAACCGUUUGUGAUGACAGCUGGGAUAUGACUGAUGCUCAAGUCCUUUGUAGAGAGCUGGGGUGCGGAAGUCCAGUAGAGAUAAAGACAGGUGCUUAUUUUGGAAGUGGUGUAGGAAAAAUAUGGAUGGAUGGUGUAAAAUGUACAGGGACUGAGUUAUCAGUGACGUCCUGCCCGUCAAAUGGAUGGGGAAAAAACAGCUGUGACCACAGUAAAGAUGCAGGUGUCAUCUGUAAAGGUAAACUGGACGCUUUACAAACUUUAAGACACCAUGUUCUUACUUUUGCAUUUUUAAUUUUCUCCAUGAUCCCAUCUAAUAGACUACUUUAACAUUUAAAUUAGGGGUGUAAAUGUUUACACUGACAACUCUGAUUCAGUUACGAUUUCGAUCCUUUACUGAUAUAUCCUUUAAUGCAGAAAAUCACAAUUCAGUUUGAUUCAGUUCGAUUCAGUAAUUUGGUGGAGAAAUGUAUUUUGUAUCAAGAAUUGUAUUUUGCAUAAGAAAGAUAAGUAAACAUGCAAAAAGCUUAAGUAAAAAAAGAGAAAAACUAGGUAUGCUACAAAGGUAUCAAAAAAGAAUAGCCGCUGGUGCUCAUUGGAGAAACAGAACUUCUUGAAAAAAAUAGGAAAAAAAAAGAACAUACAAAAAGCUGUUUGGGAAUGCAGCUCUACACAGGUUCGAAUCUGACCUGUUCGACUCAUGUCCUGAGCCCAUUCCCAGUUUACUUUCUCUGUCUAGUCUACACUGUCCUAUAAAUUAAAGAUCAUACAAAUAAAAAAGCUCAUUAAAAUUAACUGGAUUAUUAAAUUCGAUAAUCGAUGCCUUGAAUUUUCAUGGUCAGAUCAUGAUGCAUCAUAGCAUUUUUACACCCCUAAUAUAAAUGUAUGCAUAGGUUUAUAUAAAAGUAAGGACAUCUUCUGACUUCUUAUAGAGGUGAGGCUGUUGAAUCAGAACAACACCUGUAUGGGCACAGUGCAGGUAUAUCAUGAUGGACGGUGGGGAUCGGUGUGCCACAACAACUGGGAUGUUGCCGACGGUGUGGUCCUCUGUAAAGAGCUGGGCUGUGGUGGUAAUGCACAGCCCUGGAAGAAUGCCUUUUUUGGGCCAGUUGAUGGUCCAAUAUGGAUGGAUUCCCUCAACUGCAGAAGUGACGAAUCAAACCUCAGGGACUGUGCA